GCACAAAUAGCUUGCUAUCUAUUGUUGGCUCUAUGGUCAUUCAAUUCUUUGCAAGUGUAGGUGCUCCAGCCUCCAGUCCUUUAAAAAAUCAUUUUUCUCCAUAAUUUGAUACACAUCCCAUGAUCCCAUUUUGGCCUACUAUUUUGUUGAGUAGUUUAUUACUCUAUUAUAUUGCAUGCAAACACAAGCAUGUUAGAAGGCUUUGGCCACGUCCCAGCUGGUUUCUUGAUUCGCCCUUUUUCCCUACACUAUAAUCAUAUCUUAUUUAAGCCCAACCCCAGAUAUAUGUUUUAAGUAACUUGGGUAGAUCGUAUCAAGCCGGCCUGACGGAAACCGCUGUCAGGCCGAGGCCAUUUGGGGACCUUCCCGAAUGUUCGUCAUCAAGUCUAGUUUAUCCAUACCAAAUUUCAGCUAAAAAUUCAAUCGGGAAGGCAGUCAAAAAAUUUUCAUACGAAAACUGUGCUUUAUAUAUAUAUCGUAGGGAAUUUAUUUGACUACCUUCCCGAUUGAAAUUUUAGUUGAAAUUUGGUAUGGAUAAACUAGACUUGAUGAGUAACAUGCUCAACACAUUUCGUCAAAAAAAAUCCACCGGGAAGGGCCCCAAAAGCCCUCGGCCGGAUGGCGAAUCCUGUCAUGCCGGACUGACAUUUGGUGAUAACCGGAUGGCGAAUCCUGUCAUCCCUUCAAAUGCUGUUAACCAGCAGGAAGCCCUUCCUAAUCAUGAUGCCCCGGUGGCUACCCAUACCGAGGCGGUAACCGGUGGUUUUCAACAUUUGGUGAGCUGUGUUACCACAGAUUUAGUUGCUGCCACAACUAACAGUGAGGACCGAACUGGAUAUGAUGAGAACAUCUCUAAUAUCCCGAUUGAUAUUCCAGAUACUAUGCUUGGCCCAAUAUCGUCCAAUGAUGAAAAUCUUUCUGAAGGACAGAAAAAAAUUUAACUCUUUGUGUUUCAGGUCAUUUCGAGACCAUUCCAAUUGAAGAGGAACAACUCGAAAGCUUUACGCAGGUCACAAGAAGAAGAAACUCUAAUCCAAAAAAUACACCGAACAAAGAGACUGAAGAUGUACAACUAUUCUUCGAAAUGGGAUAUACAUCACAUCCCAUGAUCACCAGGAGCCAGUCCAAAAAAUCACAAGACGAGACGAACUACUUUCUCUACCCGGUCGACAAGAGACUAGACUCCCCACAAAAACUAGUGGCUGCCCUGAGGAAAUUCAAAUUAUCCCACCCAAAGGACACGUUUCACUGUCCCUAUCUACAUAAGGCAAUAAAGUUUCACAAGUUCAACAGGUCUAUGUCUGCAUCACAUGGAAUUCCGUCAAAAAAAUUAAUUGCUAAUGUAAUUUGUUCCUUCUUUAAAGUUUGAUUUAAUUUUUGUACUUUCAAUCUAUUGUACUCUCAAGUUAUUUUUAAUAAAUUUGGGAGGUGUUCCCCGGCACCCCCACCUAGUGUGCUUUUUUCCGGGACCCAAAAAAAUGGUUCAAGCAUUCAUCUAACCUCCCUAUUUUCUUGUAUUCCAUCUUGUUAUUUUCUUUAUUUACCUAGCAUUUCUACUUCAUGAUGAUAUUUUCCCAUCUCAAUUACACUUGGCGUAAAAUACGAUGGAAAAAUAAUAUCCACCUUAUGCAACAAUCGAGUCCGUAUAUCCUACAACCGGCUGUACGGUGAACACCGUACAGCCAGGUAAAUUUGAAAUUCCCGUCAACUUCGGCCCUUUUAAUUCAUUGGUCUUCCGAUUAAAUUUCUUCUUUUCCGCUUUUGUGCUGCGUUGACGAUCCUUCCUGCUUCUUUUUUCAUUUGUUUGUCAGUUGUCUUUUUCACUCUUUCUCUUAUUCAUCCGUUCACUCUUUUUCAUUUUUUUCAUUAACAACUUUUGCUUUGUUGCUUCUUUCUUUCUCUUGCAAUUACUUUUCAUUGCUUUCCUGCUUCUUUUUUUCUUCUUUUUUUGCUUUAACAACUUUUACUUUUUCCAAUAACCUUCUAACUUAAUUUUUUUAAUUUGUGCAUUAUAAAAUAUUUUAGUUAUUAAUUUUUAUUUUUCUUUUUUAAAUCUUAAGAUGAAUAUUUAUUAAUUUCUCAAUUAUUGUGAUCUAAUUACUAUUAUGAGUUUUGUUAUAUACUAAAAUGAGUAUAAUAUAAAAUAAAUCUGCAUGAGUAAAUAUAGAAAGGAAUAAUAUAACGAUUAAAAGAAAGGAACAUACACAAAUGAAUAUUUGAACACAUUAGAGAAUUCAAAUGAGCUGUUGAAUUUUUCGAUGCUCAUUUUGUAAGUUACGUAUGCUCAUCUGGUAUUGAUAAUUUGGUAUGAGCAUCAGACUUAUUAUGUUGAGUAUUAUGAGGUUAAUAUUGAGCAUCGUGAUCGUUGCUUUAUAUUUUCUAAUUAACUUUGUUUUUCUUAUUUUUUUAUUAUAAAAAAAUCUAACUUAUAUCUACUACAUGUACAUAUUAUAGAAAUGAAUAAUAUAUAUUACGAUUAAAAGAAAGGACCAUACACAAAUGAAAAUUUGAAAACAUUAGAGAAUUCAAAUGAGUUGUUGAAUUUUUGGAUGCUUAUUUUGUAAGUUAUGUAUGCUCAUCUGGUAUUGGUAAUUUGAUAUGAGCAUCAGACUUAUUAUGUUGAGUAUUAUGAGGUUAAUAUUGAACAUCGUGAUCGUUGCUUUAUAUUUUCCAAUUCACUUUGUUUUUCUUAUUUUUUUUUAUAAAAAAUCUAACUUAUAUCUAUAAUCAACUCUUAGGAUUUUAAUCUAAUGUAAUAUAAUACUUUUGAAACGAGCAUUGAUGUGACACUUUAAAAUGAGCAUAACAUCAUUACCAAAUGAGCAUAUGCAGCUUACAAAAUGGGCAUUGAUAUGAAAAUAAUAAGCUUUAUUAUUUGAGCAUUAAAUUAUUUUCAUGUAUCAUCAAACCUCCUGUAUUGAGUAUUAGAAGCAUGCAAUUGAGUAUCACG